UAUUAAAUGUUGUGUGUGUCAUUACCUUCUUCAAAAUGAGGGCCGAGGCCUAAAAGUUAAAUAGAAAAACGAAUUUGUGGGAUAAAUAAAACCACUACAAUGGGAAUGAUUUGUGUUUAGUGGCGCUCUCAGCACAGCAGCAUGUGGUCUGAAUCGACAAUUCGACAUGUGUUUGCUUUAGACUAGGGACAAUCGAAUCUUCAGACAGUCUUCAAGGUCGUAUAGUCGAACUCAGAGAUGUUAUCGGCGCACAAGUCCUCCUGACUGCAAGCUUCGAAAUGUCCAAUAUUGUAUUUUCAAAAAGUGCAAUGCUCAGUCAGACAAUUAUUAAGAUAUUUUCUUUCCGUCAAAUCACUUACGGCGUGCUUAGGAUAUCUAUUCCACGACCAACGACUAAACUAGGGGAUGGCCUGUCUCCGGGUUGUCAACACUCUUUCCACACAUGCAGUUGUUUCUUUGGAGGUAACAAAUUGAUGAAAAUGUUCAAAGGACGGUCAAAGAAACAGUGGUACGAAACUCCACCUCAGAGAAUACCGACCUCUCAAAGCCUCUUCAAGCCAACCAAACCUCGCCAAGAAGAUAGCUUCAGGCUUCGUGCACUGAACUCCAUUCUCUUCAAAGCCGUUUCAGACCUGUUGACCUCGUAUGAAGUUAGUUCAGAGCUGCCCAAGUUGAAUGUGGAGAUCUCAAAGGUAUCAUUGGCACCUGAUCAUUCAGCAUGUCGCGUCUAUUGGAAGACGGGUGGCACUUCAGAGAAGGAUGAAUACAUUCAACAAGUUCUGGACAAAAGUGGCCGUCGCAUAAGGUAUCUUCUUUUAUCUCAGCAAGUUCUUGGAAGCAUACCUGCCAUGGUUUUCAUCCGGGACAAACAAUAUGCAGCUCUAAAUGAGAUUGAUAAUCUAUUGAAGAUUGCAGAUUUUGGACCAAACCAUGAACAGCUAGAGGAUGCAACCAGUGAGUUGGAGAGGAGCGGGGCCAUCAGGACAGCUUCAUCAGGCCUUGACCAGUUUCCACCCUCUGAGGGAAGACCUGUGCUCUUUGGGAUCGACCACGACGCUCUUCUGAAGCAAGUCCAGGAGUACAAACAGCAGACCGGAGAGACUGCUGCAGCCCUAACUACCACCACAGCCCUUACUCAACAGCAGGUGGAGGCCAUCGCUGAAUUCAAGAAGCAGAAACUUAUCGAGAAGAAAAAGAAGAAGUCUAAGAAGAACAUAGACAAUGACAUCACACCCAAAGCGUUUCUGUUGGCCAAGCACGGCGAAGAAAAACCACUGGAGGAUUUGGACGAUGACCGCCAUGAAGACUCUCAGAUCAGAGAGCUGAUGGCUGAGGACCACAGAAGGCCUUGAAUAUUUGUGUCGCGACUGCCAGACUUCACUGUUUUGGUGGGGGCUUUGCUGACGGACAGGGUAUUGCAAAAAGUAGUUAAUCACUUGAACUCCUUUUUGGAAUAUGCUUACUAUGAUCUUGAGUGAGGACUAUUCAAAGACAGAAUUACGUGUGUUGCGUGUAAAUAUUUUUGGAAACAUUCUUGUAAGACAUUUGUAGAGAACGUGUUCCAAGUAAACAAUUUUGUUUUUUUAUUUCCUUGUCAAAAUGUUCUCAUUUAUAAGCUUCAACUCAGCAUAUAAAUAAGCUCGGUUUAUUUACAAAGUUCAUGUUAAAAAAGGCGAAUGUACAAUCUGAGACAAUAUACACAUGAGCUAAAAUGUGACCCCAAAGGAUUCAGCUUCUGACUAAUUUUGCUUCACAUUAUGUGUAAUCCUUACAGUAAGAUGAGAAAGCUAUACAAAUGUGCACUUCUUUACAAGUACCUAUUCUCUGUACAGUGCCAGUCUAGUAAAAGAGGACCC